CUCUUUUGACAGCAGGGGCUUGUUUUACAGCACAAAACUACAAGGAUGAAGAUUUCAAGGGACGAUGCGGGAACAGAGAUAAUCGAGGAGACGUUUAGCUGAAAGGCCAUCAGCUUGAUACCUGUCUCCCGGCGUGUGCGCUACGAAAUCAACCCCAGGCAACUUGAAUAUCGACCGAACAGCCAGACGAAUGUCUUUGCCAUAAGUGUCCAUGCAUUUGUUGUUGUUAGCUGCUAAUGCUAACCAGAGAAGUUGCCAGCUAGUUAGCUGGCCUAGCAAUCUACUGGUCAAAGCGAGGAGAAGAUAAUUAUUAACCGCAUAUGUUUGAUUUACUUAACGCUGUCGUGUGACGUUAGCUGAUGGAGCCAGCUAACCGUGGCUCUGGUCGAUCAAGAACUGCAGCUUUGGCCACGCUUUUAAAGUACCGACCGUAUUAGUCAACUACCUGACGUUGGUUAGCUUCGCAGUUAGCCACCACUAUCCCUGGAAGAAUGAGUAGAAAACACCAUCAUCUAAAAGAGUCCGAAGUCAGCUGCUGCGUGAAGUACUUCUUGUUUGGAUUCAACAUUUUAUUCUGGUUACUAGGAGCCGCCUUCUUGGGCAUCGGCCUGUGGGCAUGGGCGGAGAAGGGCGUGCUGUCCAAUCUGUCAACCAUCACAGAUCUCGGGGGCUUGGACCCCGUGUGGCUCUUCGUCGUCGUUGGAGGGGUCAUGUUCAUCCUGGGCUUUGCCGGCUGUAUCGGAGCGCUCAGAGAGAACACCUCCCUGCUUAAAUUUUUCUCUGUGUUCCUGGGUUUGAUCUUCUUCUUGGAGCUGACGGCGGGGAUCCUUGCCUUCGUCUUUAAGGACUGGAUCAAAGACCAGCUCAACCUUUUCAUCAACAAUAAUGUCAAGGCCUACCGCGAUGACAUCGACUUGCAGAAUCUGAUUGACUUUGCCCAGGAAUAUUGGUCGUGCUGUGGAGCUCACGGGCCCGACGACUGGAACAUGAACAUCUACUUCAACUGCACUGACCUGAACCCCAGCAGAGAGCGCUGCGGAGUCCCCUUCUCCUGCUGCGUCAAGGACCCUGCAGAGGAUGUCAUCAACACGCAGUGUGGUUAUGAUGUUCGGCUUCAAUGGGUUUGUCUCUCUAUACAUGUCUCUACCACGCUCUAUAUACUUAACCCUAUAUGUGGUUUACUUCACUCUCCAGUUCAUCUCUUGUCUACACCUAGUUCUCUGAAAAUGUGUACUGUGAUUUGUGGUGUUUUUCAAAUAAAUCUAGACAAUUUCAAGUCUAAUCAAAUUCUAGCAGUUAAACAGAACCACUGCUCAUUCACAGUCGGUGUCGGUAGUGGAGCGUGAUUGACGGGCAGUGUCGGCCUUUCUGCUGAGUGACAUCACUCCUGAGUUGAUUGACAAGCUGCGAACCUGUUUGAUUGAAACGACCUAAAGCAUUUGCGAUGGGUUGAGUGGCAAUCAGGUUCAUUUGUAUUGAGCUUGAUUGCUUGUCUCGAACCCCCAGUAAAAACAUGGAUUAAAUAGAAUAAACCAAUCAAACUUUGAUUUUUAUAGCCUUUUUUUCUUCACAUUCUCGAUCAGAAAGAUGAAGAAAAACACUAAAAAAACGUGUAGCUAGCAACCGUUGGCCAACCCAGAGAAUGUGUAGGCCCCUCUUCCUGCUUCUUGCCUUAAUAACAGAUUGUUCUUCUAACGGGGAUAAUUAGGCUCCAGUUAUAGCCCAGAGAAGCAGCCUUACUACACUCUGUAAUUGGCAACUGGGUUCUGCCAGUGCGUUCCCUUCUCCUCUGUGUGUGGGUGUGGUGGUUACAACUCACUGCACUGCAGUCAGAGACAUUGCUGUUGCUAGUCGCACUGCAAUACAGUGAACCACCUGCCUCUUGAGUUGGUAUGAAUUAAUUUCCCCUGUGUGCUCUCCUGCUAAUGCCCCUGCCAUUGACAUUUUGCUGAAACUAUCGGAGAUGUGCAAUAAGUUCCUUGUGAAGCUUGUUUAUGGAGCGCAGGCUGAGGGAGAGGAAGAGCAGGAGACGUGGGGAGGACAGGCAGGGGGCUGAAAUAGCUUUAGAGGAAGUUCACAGCCAGAACAACAUCAUGUUUCCUGCUUUUUUUAUUGGCUGCCAAAGGCUCCCUUUAGCGUCCAUUGGUUAAAAGCAGGCUUUCAUGUUUUACAAGAGAACAAAGUGUUCGCCUGGUUGAAUUGUCUUGAAGAGUAACAAAGAGAGCAUUGUAUAUACUGUUCACAUCCAUUCUUACUCCCCAAAAUUUAGUGUCUUUGCAGCUCUAAAUUACACCUUUUUUUUUUAUCUCCGUCCCUGAAUAGACCAUGUAUACCAUGGUGUGGAUCUGACAACGCCAACAGCCAUCUGGACACAGCUUCCGUCUGUUUGUUCAGUCCACACAGGGUCCCCCGAGAAACUGAACACGCUGCCUUGAUAUUCCCCGUGAUGUCCAGACACUGACCCGUUGUAAUCCAAGAGUGACUCAGCUAUCAUGCCCUCCCCAGCGGUGAAGGAGUCACUGCUCAAAAUUCUAUCUGUGCUGUUUGUUUAGUUCAGCAUUGGUCAUACACCAGAGUUCACAAAUCUCAUGUUUGUUUAAAUCAUGCAGAAGGCCAAUGAGAUGUCUCAGAGACGAUCGUUUUAAUGUGUUUUUGUUUUUUUAAAGAAUCUGUAUAUUCCCCUCUUCAUUUAAAUUAACUUCUAAUCUGUUGUUGUUGUUUCAAAAAAAAAAAGGAGCUGGAACGGCAGAAAUAUAUCUUCACCAAGGGCUGUGUGGGACAGUUUGAGAAGUGGCUUCAGGACAACCUGAUUAUCGUAGCUGGAAUC